AUGAGCUCGUCGAUUGCUCAGAAUUAUUUCAAACAAGUGAUCGCUGGGUUGAAAUAUAUACAUAGCAAAGGAGUGGUUUAUCGGGAUAUAAAGCCAGAAAACUUGUUGAUUGGUAGAAAUGAUAAACUGAAAAUCUGCGAUUUCGGAUGCGCCAGAAAAUUCUGGAACCACGACGAUGAAGAAAUUUUGCUCCAGGGAGCCGACGGCACUUCUCAGUACGCGGCUCCAGAAGUUUUUGCUCAAAAGAAUUAUCGAGGUCCUCCAAUAGAUAUUUGGAGUGCUGGAGUGACCCUGAUGGUUUUGUUAACUGGACAGCAGCCAUGGAAAAAAGCUGAUGGAAGAUCCAAAAAAUACCAACGCUGGAUGGAUGGGGAAACCGAUGAGACUGAUGCAUGGCAUCGUCUAGACCAAAUUGCUUUGAAUUUCCUUCGAUCCUGCUUGACUGAUGACGUGGAUGAGAGGUUGACAAUUGAGGAAAUCGAGAGCAGUCCGUAUAUGAUGUACAAUUAUGAAGAAGAGGAGGAGAUAAUUAAUUAA